AGGAGGAGGAGGAGGAGGAGGAGGAGGAGGAGGAGAGAACGAUGAAGUGGAGGAAGAUGACGACGAGGACGUCGAAGAAGAAGAAGAGGAAGACGAAGAUGAGGAGGAGGAGGAAGAGGAGGAAGAGGAGGGAGAAGGUGUGGGAAUCGUGGUAGGCACGCCACGUAACGAGAGGUCUCAUUUUCAACACAUGCCGGUAGAGUCGAGGAACGUUCAUCGAUCCUGGAGUCUGACACAGUGCGCUUCCCAGAUAAGAGGGGUUGGGGGAGGGGGAGGAGGCGGAGGAGGAGGAGGAGGAGGAGGAGUGGGAGGUGGAGAUGUUACUCCUGUUAGAGGAGGCGAUGGUGCUGGAGGGGCUAGGGGGUCAAUGGUUGGAAGCAAGAGAGGUUUGCAAGAAUGUAUAAAGUCGUGGAUUGAAGAUGAGGAGGGAGGAGCAGAGGAGAAGAAGGAGAAGGAGGAGGAGGAGGAGGAGGAGAGACAACAGUCUAUUGUAGAAAGCCCUCGGUCACGGUUAAAGCUCUCAAGUCUGGCGCUGGAGGAGCCUCGAUCCGUCGAGUCGCGAGAUAUGGUCGCUGAUGUCACCCACAACGUCGCCGCCGUUGCCGAUGGUAGGUCGUUGGAGGCUCGGCCACGUGGCACACUAAGUGGUGUCGUCGUUUACGGCCAGCCGAUUGCUGGAAUGGACAAGGAAAAGAACAAUGUGGAGACGGAAAAGGCGCGAGCAGCAGAAGGAGGAGGAGGAGGAGGAGGAGGAGGAGGAGGACUGUCUCUUAUACACAUCUAGAUGUGUAUAAGAGACAGCUCUGUGUCUGAUAUGCGCUUCUUACAUCCCCCUCUGUUAGAAAUUACUGCUCCACCACUUUGGUCCCUUUGGUUUCUUUUAUUUUAUUUUAUUUUAGUUAUUAUCAUUUUUUCAACUGGUUUCGUUUUUGUUUUUUUGUUUUUAUGAAUGGACCAUGAUAAAAAGAACUGUGCUCUCCCUAUUGAGACCACCCUCCAAAAAAACGAAAGAGCUGGAACAAAGUGUAUAAUGAAGGGUAAAGUACCGA